CUUUUAUCGAUCGCCACCGUCCAUAUAGUCCUUAUAAAACUCUGUCGCCUCCGCAUACUCUAGGGUUUCUCAGAUUUCCUCCGGCUGCCGUUUCGCUUGAGAGCCUAAGCUUGCGAAUUUGCAUCUGAGAAAGAUGUUCUCCGCACAGAAUAAGAUUCACAAAGAUAAUGGUGCUGAGCUCACCGAGCUCGAUGAGCAAGUUGCUCAGGCUUUCUUUGAUUUAGAGAACACAAACCAAGAGUUGAAAAGUGAAUUGAAAGAUUUGUACAUCAACUCAGCGGCUCAAGUCGAUGUGUCUGGAGGACGCAAGGCCGUUGUUAUCAAUGUCCCAUACAGAUUGAGAAAAGCAUACAGGAAGAUCCAUGUCAGACUUGUUCGGGAACUUGAGAAGAAGUUCAGCGGAAAGGAUGUGAUUCUAAUAGCCACAAGAAGGAUCCUGAGGCCUCCUAAGAAGGGUUCUGCUAUCAAGAGGCCACGCAGCCGUACCCUGACCACUGUCCAUGAAGCCAUCCUCGAUGAUGUCGUUUUACCUGCUGAGAUUGUUGGGAAACGUGUGAGGUACAGACUCGACGGCUCCAAGAUCAUGAAGGUGUUUCUGGAUCCGAAGGAAAGGAACAACACAGAGUACAAGCUGGAGGCUUUCUCUGCUGUAUACAAGAAGCUGACGGGCAAAGACGUCGUCUUUGAUUUCCCCAUCACCGAUGCCUAAACAGAGGGGAGAGGUUAGGUCGAGCUUUGUAAUGCAUCGUCAGGACAUUUUGGUAUAUCUCUAGGGGGUGUUGGAACAUGUUUUUCUAUCUUCAAGUUUUGUCAGUCUGUUUGGGCAAAAUGAAAGAACCUUAAUAACUUAAAUUAUGUUCUCUCCUUCACGUCGGGUUGUUGUUAGCUUUGUUUUGGAGUAUCAUGUUAUAUUUGAUGCUUUUUUUUUGGGGUCAUAUUUAACAAUUUUCAUCCCCAACAAAAAAAAAAUCCUUUUGUUUGAUUA